CUGUCAGUCAGUCUUCUUGCCACGGACCUGUCUUGACUCGUGGAGCGAACCCGAGGCGGACGGCAGGGGCCUCGCCCGAGCACGAAGAGCUUAGCCGAGUAGAGCUCAGAGCUCCUGCUCCUCGGGCCAGGGCAGGGGAAGCUCCUGCCGUAUUGUAACCGCAGCGAGCCCCAACCCAACUGCGCGUCCCACUCUCCCGUCGACAGCAUCGCAUCACGUUUGCACCCCCAAUUCGGCACAACAGCAUCUUGUCACCACCUACAUGCAGUGGUACGGUCAGUUCCCCUUUGGGCAUAACAGUACGCUACAACAGGCACAGGCACAGGCACAGGCAGGCACAGGCACAGGCAGGCACAUGCUCGGCCAGACGCCCGACACGUCCAACAAGCUGGUUCCCCGUUUGGGAGAGCUGAGACACGUACGGCCAUACUCAAACCACGCAUCGGGAGCAGGCAUCAUUCUUGGGCUUGCGACUAUUCUUGGGCUCCAAGGCCCACUCCCCCAGGUCUCGUCAUUCGCCAGGCCGGGGCUGUCAGGAGUGCAGCUUUAUCCUAUCUACGACAGCUCGACUAAUAGCCCUCCCCCUUAUUACCGGCCACCCGCCCUCGCUCCCGCCAUCCCGCCCGUUGUCUCCCACACUCCCGACGAUUGAUCCUGAGACCCAUUCUCCAGUUGCCUGCAUCCUGCUCCAACGACGCCCUCCCGGCCCGUCUGCACGUCACGCUUGUCGGUCCAGUUGGGCCCAGCCCUAUCCUUUUUUGUACCGCCAUCCGUUCCGUCGUUGGGUCGUCCCUGCGCCAUCCGCCUCCGUCCCUCCACCCCUCCGCCCCUCCGCCCACCCCGGACGUCAGCAGACCCCAGGUCUCGGUACGGACCCGGACAAGCCGGAGCCCGCUUCGGGAUUGAGGGCAGCAACAAGGCCCGGACAAUGACCAACCCGUCACUCUCACACCUCCUGCACGCCGACUCCUCCAUGUCUCAGCAGCACUCCCACUCCCAAUCUCAACCAGUGCCCACCUCCUCGCCCGGGAAUUACACAUACCCACCACCUCCCGGCGUCUCGCCCGCUGCAUCUGGUACUUCUCAUCUGACGCCUGCCGCCACCCCUGCCGCUUCUCCUGGUGCUCUUUCGACCACAGGCGGGAGCGCUGUGGCCGGUGCCACCUCCAACACGCCGGCCAGUGGCCAUACCGCCAAUAUCAGCCUCUACCAAUGUGCUCACUGUCUCAGGAGAUACUCUCGCCCCGAGCAUCUCCAGCGGCACAUAGCCACUCACACGCUCGGGAAGCGCUUCGUCUGUGACGUUUGCUCCAAGGCUUUUGCGCGUGCUGAUCUGCUCAAGAGGCACCGUGCCAACCACAACGAUGAUGGAAAUGGGACAAAGAGGCGGCGCAUCAACUCGUCCCCCGGCGCCGGCCGCGUCGCCCACGCCUGCAACGCCUGCGCAAAAGCCCGCGUCAAGUGUGAAGAGACCAAACCGUGCACACGGUGUCGCAACCGCAACUUGACCUGUGUCCCUUCUCCCUCCGAGGCGGGCUCCGCUGCUGCGAUGCAUCUCUUGCACCUCUCGGCGAACGCGCACUCCUCCGGCGACACCACGCCCACUUCCUCUGCGCCCACGGCUCCAGCCGGCCACGGAGCCAUUCCCAGCGCGUACCACUUGGGAUCGAGUUCGCUGCACUCCAAUGCGGCUGAGGCUAUGCAAACACAUGGGCCCCACAACCCUGCCGCGCCUGCGAUGACGAAUCUUGUGCACGCCCAGUCGACCGGUACCAGCCCUUCCAUCCUGGCCAACAAUCCACCAAUCAAUGCUGAGGCCGCCCAACUACCCACCCCUGAGACCAUCAUGGACCAAAACAAUGCGAGUGGCUACCAUGGGUCGUAUCCAAAUCAGAGCCUGGUGGAUAUGAACAAGAUGCCGUUCUCGGACUUUCUGCGAGAUGUUCUCUACGACCAGCAGCACCAGCACCAGCACCAGCAGCAACAACAACAACAACAACAACAACAACAGCAGCAGAUGGACUCUCAAAAAAUGGUUGAGGCGCAGGGCCUUGCUGUACUGGACUUCUGCGACGACGCCAACCUGGAUAUGAAUGAUUUUGACUUCGGCAUGCUCGACCACUGGAAUAUAGGUGACGUUCACGGCAUGCUUGCUACGGACCCGAACCUGGCCGACUACGUCUCUAACCAGCCCGAGGACACCGCGGAUAUGUCUCGCAUGCGCCAGCGCCUGGUCAAAAUAUGGACAAAUUCGCCCUGGCGGUGGAUGCCCGACGGGCAAAGGGACAACAUCCACAACCAGAAGAGCGGUCUCCCGUUGGCUGAUAUACAUGCCACACAACUAAAACCCGACAGGAUCAUCCAUGACAAGCUGCACUCAUCUGGACGUGACAAGAUCCUCGCCAUUGUUCUGAGUACUUGUCAAAACAAUGUUAUGUUGAGCCGCGUCGCGUCGUCAUUCCCUUCGACUGAGGUGAUGGACUCCUUGGUUCAUACAUUCCUAGCGUGGCACUUGUGCCAGGUCUCGGAGUUCAUCCAUUUUGGAACAUUCUCCUUAAAUGCCCAAUGCCCUGAAUGGUCAGCAGUUGCUGCGUCAGCUGGUGGGAUCCUGACACCUGUGAAAUCCCUUAGGAAGUUUGGAUUCGCUUUACAGGAGGCAGUCCGUGUCACCAUCGUUAACAGGUUCGAGGACAACAACUCGAAAGUUCAGGAUCAGAGUUUAGUCCAAGCUCUUGUCUUGGGUCAAGACAUCGGACUGUGGAGUGGCAACAGGAGGCGCAUGGAAAUCGCUGAAUGCCAUUUGAACAUUCCAAUCGCAAUGAUCAGGGGCAGAGGCAGUUUCCAAAGGUCUGCAUAUCCGCUCAUCCAUGUGGACCCAGCAGACGACGGGGCCGUGCUGGAAGAGAAGUGGAAGACGUGGUGUCACCGGGAGUCUUGGAAAAGGCUCAUAUUUCACUUAUAUCUCCGAGACGCGCAAACAUCCAUGACGUCCAUGAAUAACCCCCACAUAUCUUACGCGGAACUAACACUACCGCUCCCCGAGGCUAGGGAGAUCUGGUUUGCAAAGACCGCCCUGGAAUGGAAGAUGUACUACCUUGAAAGAAAUGCUGGUCAGGAUCGACGGCUGCCUUCACUCGGCGACCUCUUGCGCGACAUCAACCUCCUGGCGAUUGAUCAGCAUCGCCUUGAUGUCCAAUACGCCGUUUCCAUCUAUCUCCACGGCUUCUGGUCCCUUAUCCGGGAAUAUCGGCAGAUGAAUACCAUCUAUCGGUGGUCGGCAUACUCCCCGUCUACAGCAGGAAACCCGAAUACACUGCUACAGUCCCGCCACCAGGAACUUGUCAGGGCUCUGGAGCAGUUCCAAGGCACUGCAUUGAAGAACUGGCCACACAUGCUCAGUGCCCAGGAGAAAGUCGUGCUUAACCUCCUUUUUGUGAAUCUUCACGUUAGCCUGGAGGAUUUGCAGCUGUUUUCAGGCAAGGAGGGCGACGAGCAGGCCAAGAGGAUCUACCCGUCUCUACAACGUUGGGCACAGGACGCCGAGUCCCGCCGCUCUUUAUGGCACGCAGGACAGAUCCUCAGAUGGGCAAAGGAAUUCCCAACCAGCCACCUGAAGGACUUCUAUUCGGUCGCUGUACAUCAUGCUGCGCUGACCAUAUGGACGUGGGGCGUGCUUACCCGCGCAACCAGGCGCACGGCCGGACCGCAGCCAGGUUACAACCAAAACGAGCCUGUAAUAUAUCUGGACGGCCCCGAGAUGAGCGAGACUGCUCAAUUUACAUCGUACGGUACGGGCAGGCCCGCCAUACGCGGGCCUGUGAAGAAGGGCAAAGGCAAUGGCCGAGAGAGCGCUGGGGGCGGCAGCGUCGCGGCGGAGAGCCUCGCCGAGGAGCCCAAGCUCACCAUGGCAAUUGUCGAGGAGGUUUUCCGAGCGAAUUUCCUGAAUGGCACCGCUGCGCCUAUUGUUGAGAAUUUGUGUCAUCUGAUCAAGCAGCUCGGGAAUGCUGCCUGGGCUGUUGGCCUGGGCUGAAGGGUCUUGAGAAUCCGGAUCCGUCAAUUACAUCGCGCUGGCAGAACCUCUGCCAGACAAAAGAUGCGUGCUAAGAUGCGCCAACCUACAUAUGACCAUCCCCUGCCCUGUCAAGCUACGGACGGCCAGGUUGAGAGUUGCCAUUGGCUCUCCGGGAAAAGUCCUCAGGCGGAGACGCUUGGACUGUUCCCUGAACACGCGGGCUUAUAUCAAUGUAUGCAUGCAUAAAACCUGGAACGCAACAAAACAUGCAACCUCCAGCAAUGGUCCAUGCCUCAGAGUGAGGUGACAAGGACGCCGAGACACCUCGAACCUCAGUUGCGCGAAAGAGUAAAUAUACCCUGUGAAAUGCAAAUAGAAAAGUGUCUGUACAUGGCUACAGACAAAAGAAUUCCGAUGGCGUGUAACGCACCCUUUGCAAGCGAAUGGUAUUGCAUAAAAUCCAGCUACGCACUCCAGAGAAAGCCACGGUCCUCAUGCCCUCGUGGUCAUCUUGUUUGAAAGCGUGCUCUUCUGUCUCAUUUUCUCGGUUCUCAUCACAUGUUUUAUUACUAUCAUAACACAGCCGUAUUAAAAAUGGUCGAAAACAUAUUCUUGUAUAUACUUUGGCUUGGUGACAUGCCGUUUGUUUUUCUCUGCAGGAAGGUCUACUGCAGAGGACAUACGUUCUCAGUAUCUUCUUCCAUGGGUAGCUAUUCUCGAGAACGUCGUCCAAUAAAAAAUAA